AUGCAGUCAGUCAGGACUUUUGCUUCGGCUCUGUUGUGCAGAUACUCCUUGGUUCUGCUUGUUGUGAGCUGUUUCGUGCAGGUGUCCUUGCUGGUGGACUCUAGCGAAGCUACUUCGAUGUAUUAUAAGAAAGUACACGGGGAAAAGUACGAACCAGACUGGGUAGCCGUAUCUUCCACCGUGAUACCGUUGGUGGAGCGUGUAGUCAGCGUGGGUGCCCACACAAAACCGUCCCACCGAAAAGAUGGCACGGAAGGGACGGUCGGUUUAUUGCGGGCGGACGAGAGCUACAAACGUGCUUACGUGAAGCACAUCAGCAAGUUCACGAAAAUUGGCACGGCCGGAGCAGAGAUCCAGCCAGGAACGCUUAUUACCGGUAAAACGGCGUCAUCAGCUGCGAAGGAUUAG